GCGAGUCGAGCGGACAUUCGUGAAUUUCUGUAAUUUGUACUGUGCAUGUACUUGUACAGUAAGUCUAAACUACUUCAAUGUGUGAAAGUGAAGGAGCUGCUAGAUACAAAGCUAGCAAAGUAGCAGAAGAUGAGUUUUUAGAUUAUAUCGCAAGCUACAGACGACGAUAUAACUCCUUGUACGCGCGAGGUCCUCUGCUACUUCUCACUCCAGAGAAUGAAGACGGCAGGAUGGUAAGUGUGGUGAGCCUGGUGGUGCCCAGCCGGGUGCCUCAUCCUCAGCUGCUUCUCAUGCAAGAUGCUGCCCGCGUCCUGUCAGACAUGAUCACCUACACACCACCCCAGCCUCCGCCCUCCCUGCCAACCAGGGUACGUUCACCAGCAGUGGUAGUGAAAGCCCAGGAGGGUAGCGGGGCAGAGUGCGCGCUGGUGGUAGCAUCUGUGUUGCUGGGUGCAGGGUACCAUGCCCCGUUGUCCAGGGAUCAGCACAACCCACACUUGUCGCCCGAGAUACUUCUCACCUACCCUGCCCGUACCUCGAGCAUCAGCAGGAGGAGGGUGGAGAACAGGAAGAGGUGACGUCCUCCAAGUAUAGUGUAAGGUCCCCACCCGACUUGAGGAGUCAUUAUGCUCUCAUCAUGGAAGAGCGAGCACGGCGCCGACGUGCUGCCCAGCUUCAGCAGCAGCAGCAACAGCAGGAAGGCGACAUAGAGGACAUACAAACCCUGGAAGCGCGGGUCAACAGUUCGGGAGACUACACAGAAGCGCACCUUCACUUCUGGGUAGUGGUGUUGCCACCAGGUCGGGGGGUCACUACACCUACUUUCAUUGAAUCCACCACAGGCCAGGUGCUCUCAUUGUCUUCUUCCCUAGCACUGCCAUACCUUUACAUCCACGCUUUGUUUAACCACACUAACUACUGGGCCUGCACCAAGUACAAUCAAGCCAUCUCUUGUGAUAUG